AUGGAGGUGUUUGAACGAGUGUUUUGGGCCUUCAAGCCUUGCAUCGAUAGGUUCAAACAUUGCAUGCCUGUUUUGUCUAUCGAUGGGACACACUUGUAUGGGAAAUAUAAAGGCACACUUUUGGUUGCUACAAGUGUUGAUGCUAAUUUUCAGGUAUUUCCUCUAGCAUUUGCAAUAGUUGAAGGGGAAAACACCUCCAGUUGGUCGUGGUUUCUCAGCUGCAUUCGGGUUCAUGUUACUGGUCGAGAGGGCCUAUGUGUUAUAUCUAACCGACAUGGUGCAAUUAUUGCUGCAAUGAGUAACCCGGAUGUUGGAUUUCAUGAGCCACGGGCCGUUCACAGGUUUUGCGUUCGACACAUGGCCUCUAACUUGAGGACUCAUGUGAAGAACAACAACAUGAGAGAUAGGUUCAAGGUUGUUGCUUACCAACGCCGAGAAAAAAAAUUUGAGGAAGAUAUGCGUUCUAUCGGCAAAUCUUGUGUCAAGUCCCUAGAGUACAUUAUGGAUGUACCAUUUCAUAGGUGGUCCUUGUUUCAUGACGCUAGUCGUAGGUAUGGUAUAUGUACUGCAAAUUUCUUAGAAACAUUUAACAAUGUGUUGAAGGGAGCUCGUUUUCUGCCGAUCAUGUCCCUUGUCGAGUUAACUUUCCACAGAGUUAACAAGUACUUUAACACAAGAAGGGAUAGUUCACUUGCUAGGCGUGCCGACAGAUAUGCAUACUCACCUUAG